UUUUAUACUAGUUUUACUUCCCCCACAAAUUUCAGAUGUCUAAACGAACUCAACGCAGGUAUUCAUCAAUCAACGUACUUUUAUGUACAAUCAAUGGGUUGUGGAAUGUUGUUGAAUUGUGGAAAAAAUGUGAAAUUGAGGAGAACAGACCCGUUACUGGAUUUAUUGGGCAAAUUGGUUGGGAUAGCAAAAAUCAUUUGGGGCAUUAUUUGGUUGGACCUGUGCUGAUUGGGAUUUCUUUAUUUUGCUAUAUCCUAAUUUGUAUUAUUCUGAUUGUGAGAAAAGGUGGAAAAAAAUAUUUCGAAUUGUUAAAAACUCGAAAAAUUCAAAGUAUGAACUAG